ACACAUGUAUAUACUCGGUUAGCACUUGUAUACUUGCACAUGCUUUUCCUUGAUGCUGUCGUAUUUCUCGCUCCGAGGAUAUCAUCGCCCCCGUUUCCGGCUCAAGUACCUAUAUGCCGCCUGCUAACAUCGCCAUCCCAUCCCAACCAGAGUUCCGCUCCCUCAACCAACCUUUUUUUUUGCUUGCAGUGUCCAAUCCCCCCGUAUUAUCUAUCGUCGCCGCCGCCCUUCCUGUACCGAGGUCAACGUUCAACCACAAGAAUCUGCUGGGUAUGCUGGCCGUUUUUGUUUUGUUUUGCACAUCCCAACACAUCCACUUGCUUGGUCUACCAGAAAUAAAACAAAGAGAAGAGACGAAAUCAAAGUUGCAAGGCGAAGGCCUAUAUCUUGUUCUUUUCCCUCCUCCGCCUCAU